AUGGGCUAUGUACAAAAACGAUUGGCGUCCACGGCUGCCAAGCUAGCUCAUGCAUCUCCCUCCCAAGCCCCGGCAUUCCCUCCAAAAGAAGCCAUCGCCUCUACUUCGUCCAAAACUGAGUUCUUCGAUGCUCAGACAUGGGCAGCACUGCAGCCUCCUCCGAAAUCCGAGCUGACCGCAUUCGCCCACCGUAUAGGUCUUGGACACAUUCGUAAAUCUCCCGGUGUGAUCCAGCAAGCCUGCACGCACCCAUCUUUCGUGCCAUUCUUCAGACAACAUCUUCCGGACGAGCCCAUACCCGAGACGAAUGGGAACCUCGCGACGCUUGGAAACUCGCUGUUGGGCUUGUUUGCCACCGAAUACAUCCAUUCAUCCUAUCCUCACUUGCCGACACGCGUGUUGAUGGCUGCCGUCAGCGCGUAUGUAGGCCCAAGCCCCUGCGAAGCGAUCGCGAAGGAGAUGGGCGCGACGCCUCUACUGAGAUGGCACAGGAUGCCCAUUACCGAUUUGCGGCCAGCUGUCUCACAUUCCGAGGCACUGAGCUCCAUUCCACGUGCACUCACUGCCCUUGUGCACCAACACCGUUCUGUGCAUUCCGCACGCGAGUUCGUGGAAACAUUCUUCCUUAGCCGGGAUGUAGAUCUACGGAGCAUGAUCAAGUUUUCUGAUCCUAAACUCGCGUUGGUUGAGACAGUUGCGAAGUUCGGACGAGAACGGCCAAUAUCGAGACUGCUCAAGGAGACUGGACGACACUCCAACUCACCAAUAUAUGUCGUGGGUGUCUAUUCAGGCGCCGAUCAACUUGGCGAAGGGUUUGGCAGCUCGUUGAAAAUGGCUGAGUUUCGAGCUGCAGAGGAUGCGUUGCGUCGACUCUAUUUAACUCGGCAGCCACCAGACUCGGUCCAGCUUCCAACUUCCACGUUUCCAUCCGGUGAAGGCAGCAUAUUUGUUGCCGAAGAAUGGAAGACGCAUUAUGUGCCAGUUGAGAUGGGCGACUCGGAGGUGCAUUAUGCCAGUUCAGGGCGGUCAAAGGCUCAGUCACCUGGAAGGCGCGCGAGUGCUGAGGACGAGAAUGAUGUAGACACGUAAUGCGAUGCUUCAUUACUAUGCGAGAUGUCCACAUGAUGAGACGGGAAUCUUUCACAACUAUUAGCUAUAGCUUGAAGGAUGCCUUUUCGGCUUGGCGACUGCUUCCGCCAAUAUC